UCGAAUCGCGCGGUCGCAUCGUUCCGAAAUAGCAGAAAAAAAAAAUUGAAAAACGGGAAUUUCGAACUUGCACGACGACAAAUCGAAUGCGGUUCGAACCAAAAACCAAAUUUUCAACCAAAACAGCGACGCCAAAAAGCUUGGUUUGUGUUGCUCAGUGUGGCGGUGUAGGUGUGUGUGUCGGAGAAAUAUUCGCAUUUGUUGUGGGGUCGCGGGAUCCCAUCCUCCGGGCGUGUGUUUUUCCUCAACUUUCUCGUUGUCCUUAGAUUGAGGACGAACGGGCGAAAAGAAAACCGAAGGAGAAUGUUUUGAGCUGUGACAACAAUAACAACAUAGUGCUGGUGUGUGCCAAGUGCAAGGAGUUGUAAUUUAUAGUUGCCGAAAUUAAAUUAUGUUAAGUGCCCCAAAUCAGUAAGAAGGUGCAGUGAAAAGAAAGCGGCAAAAAAACAGCAUCCGUGGAAGGUACAUAAGAGAAGCGAAGUCGGUGCCAUCAAAAAGUAAAAAAAAAUUGAAAAGUGAACGCAGAGCUAAAUAAGUUGCAAUGUGAAGAGCCUUGGAAGGACAAGUGCGAACCAAGGAACAGGACUUGUCAACGACUAGCAGGAGCAGCUGCCACUGCAGCGAUUGACAGGACAAAAACAAAGCCCGGCUAGCUGAGAAAGGACUUCCCGCUCAAGUGGCACGAGCAGCAAAAGUUUAACGUUGUUUUUCCGUUACAUGGCACCCGGAAAACUGUAGGAACGGAGCGCAAUGUGCUGGCCAACUACCGCAGUCGAAGAAUAGAAAAUCACUCGAAGGCCUUGCCCAAAAAAAAGAACACAAACUGAGUAUAAAAAAAAAAAAAGAAACAACGGGGAAUACGAAAAAACGAGCAACCACUGCGGUGCAGCAUAUGUGCUUUCGCUGUGCUUUUUCUGUGAUGCCACAAGGACACAAGGACCCUUCAAGUGACAGCAACAUACGCGAGUUUUUCGUUCGUGGAGAGCCUUCCAUCUAAGACGCAGCAGAAUGCGCAAGCACAAAGCGCCGCCCAGCGGUAGUCCAAGGACAAUGCCCCAGGACCUUUCACAACCGGAGCCAUCGGGCUUGGGAGGGGACUCCCAAUCCACCGCAGCAGCAGCCGCAGCAGCAGCAGCAGUGGAAACCCCGCAGCAGAGCCUGCUGCUGGGGCACAAUCCAGCGGACUCAUCCGCAGCAGCAGCAGCUAGUCGCCUGGCCCCGCCCCCCUGUCAGCCUCCCAUCAGCAGCAGCAGCAGCAGCGCCAUCGGCACCAAGGAGCGACCUCGCCCCACUGUCCGGCUCCUCUCCAUGCUGCACGUAGCCAGCUACGUGCUGUGCCUGUGCGCCUUCAGCUUCGCGUUGUACGGCAAUGUGAGGCAGACGAGGCUGGAGCAGCGGAUGCAGCGCCUCCAGCAGCUGGACGCGCGCAUCGUGGAGCUGGAGCUGCGGCUGGAGCAGCAGCAGCUGCUCCACUGGCCCACCGAACAGACGCAGAUCCUGGCCAGCAGUCCCAGCGACAGCGGCAGCAACAACGCCAGCCAGCACCUCGCGCUGCACGUGCGGCGGGAGCUGCACCGCCUGCGCCGCGAUGUCUCGCACCUUCAGCUCACGAGGCGGCAGCAGCGACGCCAGGCGGCCGAGGCAGCGGCAGCGGCAGCCAGCGGCGAAGGAGGGUCCGGUGGUGGCCAGUGCCAGUGUCAAGCAGGUCCUCCAGGUCCGCCCGGUCCGCAAGGAAAACGAGGGAAGCGCGGCAAAAAAGGAGACGGCGGCGAAAAGGGCGAUCCGGGCAUGAAUGGCAUCAGCGGGGAGAAGGGUGCGGCAGGAAAGCCCGGAGACAAGGGCCAGAAGGGCGAUGUCGGACACCCCGGCAUGGAUGUCUUCCAAACGGUGAAGGGGCUGAAGAGAUCGGUGACAACGCUGCAUGGCGGCACGCUGGGCUAUGCGGAGAUAGUUGCUGUUAAGGACUUGCAAGAAGCAGGCGUCAAUGUAUCCGCUUCCACAGUCAUACAGCUGAAGGGAGAGCCCGGCGAGCCGGGUCCGCCAGGACCUCCGGGCGAGGCGGGUCAGCCGGGAGGGCCCGGCGAGCGAGGACCGCCGGGCGAAACCGGAGCACAGGGCCCGCAGGGCGAGGCCGGACAGCCUGGAAUCGCCGGACCGCCCGGACCGGCCGGCGCACCUGGCACGAAGGGCGACAAGGGCGAUCGAGGCGAUCGUGGACUAACCACGACCAUCAAGGGUGACGAGUUCCCCACGGGCAUCAUCGAGGGUCCGCCGGGACCGGCGGGACCACCUGGUCCGCCUGGAGAGCCGGGAGUUCGAGGAGAAGCUGGACCCAUUGGACCUGCAGGACCCCCCGGCGAGAAAGGACCGCGUGGCAAGCGCGGCAAGCGGAUAUUCGGACCCGGAGGCACCAAAAUAGACGAGGACUACGACGAUCCGCCGGUCACACUGUUGCGAGGUCCUCCAGGACCCCCGGGCACCGCCGGCAAGGACGGACGCGACGGACGAGAUGGCAGCAAGGGAGAGGCCGGUGAGCCGGGAGAGCCCGGAUCCCUGGGUCCACGUGGACUGGAUGGCCUGCCCGGUGAGCCGGGCAUCGAAGGACCUCCCGGCCUGCCGGGAUACCAGGGUCCGCCGGGAGAGAAGGGCGAUCGCGGCGACAUUGGGCCGCCCGGAUUGAUGGGUCCUCCGGGCCUGCCAGGACCACCUGGCUACCCUGGCGUCAAGGGAGACAAGGGCGAUCGUGGUGAUUCGUACCGCAAGAUGCGUCGUCGCCAGGAUGACGGGAUGUCCGAUGCCCCGCACAUGCCCACCAUCGAAUAUUUAUAUGGUCCGCCGGGACCACCGGGGCCAAUGGGUCCGCCAGGACACACCGGCAGUCAGGGAGAGCGCGGCAUGGACGGACGCAAGGGGGAUUCGGGCGAGAAAGGCCACAAGGGAGAUCAGGGACCCAUGGGGCUGCCGGGUCCGAUGGGCAUGCGAGGCGAGUCAGGACCUUUUGGACCCUCGGGAAAGGCUGGCUUACCGGUGUGGGGCGACUACUAAUACCACUACUAGCUAAAAGGCAGUCUCUAUUAAAUAAUAACCAGCACACAUAGCGCCAAAGUCUAAAUGAAACGCGACUUGCAAUGAAACCAUCCAAAACUCACGCACACUCACAACAACACACUCACACAUAGUCAAACAGAAAGUACUAAGAAACAUUUGAAGAAGGGAAAUCCUAUUUAAUCAAAGCAAAACAAUGUUCAAAGUUAAGAAGCCGCGCAACGCUUGUCAAAUGUGCUCAGUUAUCGUCUAUAUAUAUUAUAUAUAUUCAAAUGUGUAUAUGGCAGUGUAUAUGUAUCUCAAUUUGUACAAACACGCACCCAUGUACAGAAAAUCAAAUUCGAAAUAACAGCAUGUCAGUGCCGAGUAAGCAAAUCAAUUAAUUGCACAAGCCAAGGAACCGAACCCCAUCCACCCGCAUGAGAAAAAAAUUAAUAUUCAUAUCAUUUAAAAUGCCCCAAGAGUUAAAUAAGUAUUUAUGUAUACAAUCAAAGAGCGCAAACAAACGUGUGUCUGCAGCAACGUAUUUACAAACAUCAAUCAAUCGAAUCAACUAACACACUUUGAGCCCACACCCACACCGAUACCCACACAUCAUACAACACACAACACACAUCCGCACAACAAACCAACUAGCAAAUAUGCAAUGCAAAUAUUUUAAUUGCAUUUCAUUCGCCGCCGCUCUGUGGGAAGGAAUGGCAGCAAGAGCAGAAAAGCCGCUUGAAAAUGCAUUAAUCAUACGCACCGUGGUACGUGAAAACAGCGAGCGAUGGGUGGAAUUUCGCAUGGAUAAUUCAAGUGUUUCGCCGAGUGCGAGGCACUAAUUGCUGGAUUAUGCCGAAACCAAGUCGCAAUCAUUGGCAAUUGGCCAUAAGUGACUUAAUUACCUGCAUAAUCGAAUGAUUCGUAGCAAACGCCUCAUCUGCUCCUGCUGCAUACUGCAUUGUCUUAGGUGCCGUCCAUUGGCUUUGUCCGACUAAUCAAAGUGUACUCGCUCAUACAAAGCAUUAUUGCCGAAGCUUCAAUGUGAAACACAUGGCUAGGAGCAGUAACCCAGUUAAUGUGUGUUUAAAUAAGGAAUUGUGCAAAUUAAAGGUGGCAACACAAAAGAAUUGUAAGAUAUUUUCACCUCUCGAUGUCCACAAAUGCAAAGUGCACCAAUGUCUACAAGUCAUAGAUGUUGUUUAGUUACACAAGCACACACAACCCAUAAUUAAGAGAUUUAUACAUACAAGUCUAUGUACUCCAUAACAAAGAGCUAUGCAACCCAAUUGUGCAUAUAUUUCAGUGUUAAUACAACUUUAAUAAAUGAAGCGAAAGAGCAGAAACUAGUUAGGCUAAAGUUCAAUUGUAUGGUUGAGAAAACAAUGCUUUCCAAUUUAAAAGCAAACAUGGCUAAGCUGCGAACCCGCAGUAUUCUCUCCUGAAAUGCGAAAUAUCAACAAUAAAUACAUAAUCUUACCACGAGUAUGUAUCCUAUUGGUUUCAUGGACAUCUCAAACAAAGUAACGCAAACAACUCUUUUAUACAAAAGAAAUGAAAGCAUAAAUUAACAUUUACGAGUAUCUGCAGCAUUUUCAAUUUCAACGCUCGAACUAGGCAAAGGACGAAUAAAACGGCCUGCAAACAAACAUAAUCAAUGCAAAUGAAAUAAUGCCAUGGAAAUAUGAGAAAUAAAAGUAUAUACUGCCAUUUGACAGCCCCAGCCCAGCGUAUUUUCCCAUCGACAACAAGAUCCAUAAAAGUUGGAUGGGAAUUAUUGAAUAUGCAAAUGACUACGGCAAAUGGAAAUGUGUGCAGCUUUAAAGUUUACUCGAACAGCAAACGGCAUCGAAAAUCAGAAAGAAUAUGUCAAUUUGUUUUCAAUUAGAUGUGUCUCGUUGUUGUAAUAAUCCCCAAAUGGAAAACAGAAUACACAGGCAAUUUGCAUGUCAAUUUUCGUUUAAUCCACUAAAUGUCAAACAACCCCAACGUGUACAUACGCUACGGUAAAGAACGGAACUUAACCAUAAAUAAUUAUUAAUUUUUCUAGCUGUUUUGACCUCUCAACGUGUUUACUUGCAUCUCGCUCUCUAUAUAUACUUACUCUGUACGCUCUAGAUUUCUUCACUUACUAACUACGAACUCAACUUUCUCGAUCCAUAGGCUAGAAUAAUUAAUUGUGUUUUCGCGAUUAAAACCUAACAUUAACCUAUAAAUAACUGUAAUUGAUGAGACGUAAAAAAGGUUAAGCCCCUAAUAAGCUGCUAACAAUAAUUGUAAGUGUAAAUUUGUUAAUUACCCAAUAAACAUGAAGAGUUUGCAAACGAAAAACUAUACAAAUAUAUAUAUAUAUAUAUUUACGUGUAUUUAUGUCUAUAUACACACAUGCAUAUACCAAGUGUCGAUGUGCGAGUGCAUAAUGCCAUCACAAA